AUGCAAGAUUGCACUUCAGAACCGGACCUACAGAAUAUGUACUCUGGUAUAUUUGAUGAAGCUGUCGAUGCCGGAUUUAUAAUUCCACCUUCAUCAUUUAAAAAAAAACAUGUAAACAUCCUUCUGGCUGCGUUAUUGGAGACCCAACUUAACAAGUGUAAGAAAGAACUUGAUCAGUUUAUCAAAGGAUUAGACACUCACCAAGUUUUGAGCCUGUUAAAACAGGAUGUCAACAUUGCCUGUGCUAGGACACUGUUCAGUGGAAGAGUCAAACCUUUAACAGUCCAAACAUUAAGAAACCUGUUGAAGUUCAAGUACGAUACAGGGAAUGCUGCCUUAGACCAAAGGGCAACAAGUCAAGGAUUUUUAACAUUUCUUCAGGCCACUAAAGGAACAUCAACUGUUAUAAAUGGAAUUGAUAUUGGUCCAAAGGAAGUCUUGAUGUGGUUGACAGGGUCAACAGCAAUUCCAGCAAUAGGCUUUCACAAGCCAAUAGAUGUAUGUUUCGGAAGCAGGACAUUUGUAAACACCUGCGCCUUGGCAUUGACCUUGGAGGUUAGACCUGAACUUGCCCCAGCUGAAGCUGUCAAGUUUUACAGCGAGAUCAUAAUCAACAGCCAGACAUUUAUCCAAGAAUGAUAUAAAUUUUAAUUUUGGCCAUCAGUCUCUGUCCUUGAAAACUUAUAAAUUGUAUUGUGUGAAAGCUAAUUUUGAUUAUUUAAGGAAUGAUUGUAGCGGGUUAUUUUAAAGUGUGCACCACAUUUUUUAUGUUAUUUGGAAUAGACCAUUUACAAAGACCUGAAAUGAAAGUUUUAUAGUUCUCCAUGAAAAGGGAACAAAUUUGACCCUGGAAAUUAUAAGGGUGAUUCCAUUAAUUCUUACUUUGGCAAGCUGUUAAUAAAUUUUUAUCUUUAACAGACAAAUUAAUUCUAUAAAAAGUCAAAUCUUAAUCAACAAAUAUCAGAUAAGUUUAAAAAAAAUUGU